GGAGCUGCUACUCGCAUGGAUGCGCCGACAAUCCCACAAGGAAUCGCGAAGAAAGCAAGAAUGAGGGCGAGGGAUUCCAUCGCGCCGUGCUCGCUCCAUUUGCCCCAUCUCAUGGACUAUGGAUGGCACUGCCAGCCCCUCCUCACUCCAUCUCCAUCGCCAAGCUGCCCAAGAGCCCUAAAUUUGCGUGGUAGGAAAGAAGAGGAGAGAGAGCUUUGGAAUGUCUUCCAGGAAUUCGAUAGCAACCGCGACGGUCUGAUUUGCAAGGGCGACAUCGCACAGAUGAUGCUGCGGCUGGAUCGCAGCCUCUCGGAUCGCGACGUGGCCGCCACGCUCGAGGCGAUCGACGAGGACGGCGACGGAUUCGUAGAUUUCGGGGAGUUUUGCUCCAUCUUCCACGGUCGCAGGGAUAUUCUGGACGGAGAGGAAGCGCCGGAUUGCGAGGGCGAAGAUCAAGAGGAAGAAGAUCUGAUGGAGGCUUUCAGGGUCUUCGACCGCGACAACGAUGGAUUCAUCACGGUGGAGGAGCUCCACACGGUUCUCGCCAGGCUAGGAUUCGUGGAGGAGCAUGGCGGCCGCCCCAGUUGCUCCAGGAUGAUCCGGAUGGUGGAUUCCAACGGCGAUGGCCUGGUCGAUUUCCUCGAAUUCAAGAGAAUGAUGUCACAAGCCGGGUCGCGCGGCACACACUAGUAACCGCGCGGUACAAACGCGAGAAAUUGGAAGAGCCCUAAUACGCUUAAAUUUGAAAGCUUUUUUUUCGCACGAAUUCUAACACCACCUAAACCCUAAACCGUCCGAGUCGCUAAAAGUAAUGUACUCCGUUGUAGUCUAGUCGGUCAGGAUACUCGGCUCUCACCCGAGAGACCCGGGUUCAAUUCCCGGCAACGGAAUUUUUGGCAAAAAUUUUGGUAAACGAAACAAGCCGAGCAAGAGGGAGAGAGAAGAAAGGAGACCCGCGAGAUCGAUUCCAGUCCAGGGGUCACCAGGGAUGUUUGUGCUCGGGCUCCGAGUCUCCUGGUUCACCGAGGACUUCGUGGAGUUGAUUCUCAAGGUACG